UCACUAUUCCCUACCAAUCAUCACUAUAAAUAAGUCCAUAACAAAACCUUUGGAACCUCACAAAUCAAUUAUUUCUAGAAUUAUUAUUAUCAAAGCAAUUAAUUAAAUGGCAUCACUAGUUUCAAGUUGGUCAUCAGAAGUGAAUUCAAUUCCAGAAAAAUAUGUUGUUCCAUUAGAAAAAAGAGUAAAUGCAGAUGUACCAAUUGGUAAACAUAUUCCAGUUAUUGAUUUAUCACAAUCUUCAACUCAAUCUAUUCAACAAAUCAUCAAAGCUUCUGCUAACUUUGGUCUCUUUCAGGUGAUCAACCAUGGAGUGUCAGAAACCCUAAUGGUUGAUGCAUUAUCAGUUUGCAAAGAGUUCUUUAAGUUGCCAAUUGAGGACAAAGCAAAAUUUGUUGAGAAAGAUGAGGGGUUAAGUGAUUUUGAACCAUCAAUUGACCAAAGGCCAAAGCUUUACAUUGAAAAAGAAUACGCACCAAACAAGAAUGGUUCAAACACUAAUAAUGUCAAGGACACUGUCUUUUGGAAAGACACUUUUGGACAUGGUUGUCAUCCUCUCACUCAAGAUGUCAUCAAUUCUUGGCCUGAAAAACCACAAAAAUAUAGAGAAGUGAUAGGUGAAUAUGCAUUGGAGCUAAGGAAAUUGAGCUUAAGGAUUUUGGACUUAAUGUGUGAAGGACUUGGGCUUGAAGUUGGGUAUUUGACCCAAGAACAUAGUCAAACUCAACUCAUGGUGACCCAUCACUACCCACAAUGUCCAGACCCAAACUCAACAAUAGGUAUAGGUGAACAUUGUGAUGGUGCACUUAUCAAUUUGGUCCAACAAGAACUAAGUGGAUUGCAUGUGAGAGACAAAGAUGGCAAAUGGUUUGGUGUUGAACCAAUUCCUGGUGCACUUGUCGUCAUCAAUGGUUUGAUCUUAAAGGUUGUCACAAAUGGAAAGCUAUCAUCUGGAGUGCAUAGAGUUGUGACAAAUUCAACAUCUGAUAGAACAUCAUUGGGCAGCUUAAUAAGUCCAAUUGAGUGCAUAAUUGAACCUGCAAAAUUACUUAUAAACGAGAACAAUCCACCAUUAUUCAAAUCAUUUUCAUAUACAGAAUAUUUGGGAUAUUAUUUUAGUGACACCACUGAAAUUGAAGCAGCAUUGAAACCAUAUAAGCUCUAGGAAAAGAGGGAAUCAAUAAUUUUAAUUAAGUUUUAUGUUAUAAUGUAUUGUUUGUUUGUUUGUACUAUUUUUAAUUUUCUACUAUGUUGUAUGGACUUCCCUAGUUUGAUCUUUGUUCAUGCUUGUCUGAAUUUUAAGUGAAUAAAUUGGUUGUGCCAGUCCAGAGGCGGAGCUAGGUGGGGGUUUGUGGUGAUUCAGACUAAUCCAGUAGCUUUUCCAUAGACCAUGUAUUUGUAUUAGAAAAUUAAAUAAAUAUCUAUGUAUUUUAACUUGUGAAUUCCUUAUAAAAUUGAUUGAAUAUGGUUCAGUG